CUCUUGUUCCUCCUGUUUCCAAUAUUUUUGUGUCUCAUACAGAUUUAUAUAAGGGAGUUAGAAAAGUUCUCAAGGAGUUUUUCUCGUCUUGGAGUAAUAAAUAUAUCGAAAUUACAAGGUUAGAAAAUGGUUUGACUAAUAAAAUUUUCAAGUGCGAGGUAAAAGGUGCAGAAACACCCAUAUUGAUUCGUGUAUAUGGCAAAAAGACGGAAGCGUUGAUAAAUAGAGAUCAAGAACUGACUGUUAUAGCUUCUUUAGGGACUUUGUCACUAGGCCCCACUUUACACGGAAUAUUUGAAAAUGGAUAUUGCUACGACUACUUGAAAGGAAUCCCUUUGGUUCCUGAAGACCUAAAGGAUCCGCACAUAAAGACUUUAAUUGCAAAGUACUUGCGUAAUUGGCAUAAAUCCACGAUUUUAGGUAUAUCAGUAGAGCCAAGUUUAUGGUCCACACUUAACAAGCGGCUUCUUUUAAUCCCUGACAAGUUUAGCUGUUUCGAAAACGAUAAGCGAUUUAAAGAGAUGACGUCUAAAGAAUGGAUUAAGAAAGAGCUGAAUUCUUUAAAGGAAUUUUUGGAUCAGACCAAUGCGCCCGUAGUUUUUGCUCACAACGAUCUGCUCCCAGCCAACAUUCUUUACGACAAGGAGGAAGACCACGUGUGGUUUAUUGACUACGAAUAUGCGAGUUACAACUAUCGAGGCUUCGACAUCGGGAACCACUUUUGUGAGUUCGCAGGUACUCGAAGCCCGCUCCAAUGGGAGGCAUAUCCCUCCAAAGCAGAGCAAAUGGAGUUCCUGCGGGCUUAUCUAGGCGAGCCAAACACGUGUCAGUUUUCACAUGUGGGCGGAGAGACAGAUGCUGAGCACGAGCUCGAACGCCUGUACGUUGAGGCUAACCAGUUCUCGCUUGCCGCGCAUCUAUUUUGGGGCACUUGGGCGUUUGUCCAAUCAGAAACGAGCGAUAUUGACUACGACUACAUGGGGUACGGCUUGGCAAGGCUCGGAGAGUACCUGAACAGGAAACACGAGUUUUUGAGCCUGCAGCUAACUCUUUCUGUAUACGAGUAGCAAAAGUCGUUAUUCAUUGCCAAGUUUGAAUGACUUUUUCGAUCCUUUGGCACGUCUC